AAAACUGUUUGGACUAAUGAUUACACCCCUGGCUCCUUGAUCCAACGCUGGACGGGAAUUUUCAUUGCUUCAUUUUUGUUGUUGGAUCACUUGUCGCAUAGGAAGUGUUACUUCCCACAGUGAAAUGUAUGUAGCCAAUACAAUUGUAUCACUUUCCACUGGAACUACGUAGCAGCAGAUACAAAGUAAACUUCUUUUAUUUAUUUUUAUUUUACCACCGCUCGUGUUGGGCUCGAGUUGAUCGAGAAUGGGGCUUUUGAUCGUUCCAAGAAAUCAACAGUAGAAACAAGUUUCACACGACCAAGUCCCAUCCUGACCUUUAACCUCUAAGAUAACACAUGGAUGACCUGGAUGCUGUCAGAGGACUGUCUCCCCGGCCUGCUCCUCCUCCUGAGGACUCGGUGUCCCUCUCCACGUCCUCCACAGACACCAUCAACUUGGAAGAUGGCCACUACUCUGCCCUACGAGCGGAGCUGGAGGCUGAUGCUCAGGACUUGGAGGGAGAGUCCUGGAGUGUUGCUGUGGACCAGCAGCACAUAAACAGCCUCCACCAAGACGCUGUAAAGAGGCAAGAUGUCAUCUACGAGUUGAUCCAGACAGAGGUGCAUCAUGUGCGGACCCUGAAGCUGCUGCUGAGUGUUUACCAGUAUGAGCUGAGACACAGCCUACAUAUGGAGGAUACUAGGCUUGAGAGGAUGUUCCCUCAGAUCGACAGCCUGCUGCACAUCCACCAACACUUCCUGUGGUGUCUCAGGGACGGCCGGGACGGACACAACCACCACACUGUCACACAGCUGGGAGAUAUACUCAUCAACCAGUUUUCAGGUGAGAUGGGGGAGAGGAUGAAGGAGAGUUACGGCGUGUUCUGUAGUCACCACGCUGACGCUGUCAGUCUCUACAAGGAACAGCUACAGAACAACAAAAAGUUCCAGAACUUGAUAAUGAAAAUCGGUCGGUUGUCCGUCGUUCGGAGGUUAGGAGUACCAGAAUGCAUCCUGUUGGUGACUCAGCGGAUCACAAAGUACCCCGUCCUGGUGGAACGCAUUCUACAGAACACUGAAGCCGACAGUGAGGAGCACGGUGCCCUGAUCCAGGCCCUGGUUCUGAUCAAAGAGACCAUCUCUGCUGUGGACUCCCAGGUCCAUGACUAUGAGAGGGCCUCCAGGCUGAGAGACAUAGGCGGCAGGCUGGAGCCUCGUUCCCAUGGCCGGUGGAAGGACGGCAGGGUGUUCACGAGAGAGGAUCUGGCUGAGGGCCUCAGAACCCUGCUCCACGAGGGGACGGUCAGCUGUCGGGUGGCAAACGGACGGCUCAAAGACAUCCACGCUGUUCUGUUGUCAGAUGUCCUGCUGCUCUUACAAAAAGAAAAGGAUCAGAAACUCAUAUUUGCUAAUGUGGACAACAAGACGUCGGUGAUCUCCCUCCAGAUGCUGAUCGUCAGGGAGAUGGCCCAUGAGGACAAGGCUAUGUUCCUGAUCAGUGCUUCGUCCAGCAUGCCAGAGAUGUACGAGAUACACACCUCCUCCAGAGAGGACUGCAACACUUGGAUGAGCCUUAUACGAGACGCUGUCAACAGUUGUCCAGUAAUGGAGGAGCAGCUGAGCAAUGAGCAGGAGGAGGCCAGGCUAGCCAGGCUCAGAGACUUCCAAGAGCGUCUGUAUGUGAAGGAUUCCCAGAUCGUGCAGAGCCUGACAGAGAAGCUGCAGAUGUUUGCUGACAUGGCGGAGGCUGUAACAGGGAGGGAGGAUGUAGCUGCCCACUCCUGUCUGCUGCUCCGCGGUGACGCCUCAGACCUGCAGCAGGGGGAGACACUGCUCAAGGGGGCCAUCACUGAGGUGGAGAAUCUGCAGAACCUUCUCCUGUCUGGUGUGACUGUGCGAGAUCCCCACCCCCAUCCAGAGGACAGCCUGGGACCAGGGAGGUUCAGUUUGAGGCCAGAAGUGGUACGGCUUUAUCUACGGGGGCUAGGCCUUGGGCGGCUGGGGAACCUGUCGGUGCAUAGGAGAGCUGAGACCUUUGGAGGUUACGACUGCAACCCUCCCACCCCCAUCAAGAAUGUGGAGGGACGACCUCAACGUUCAAACUCUGACCCCCAGCUACAGAACCUUGACCAAUCAGAGAGCCUGGAACUGUCGUUAUUUUGCGCCGUGCUGACGCUCUCACAUAGACUCUACGGUCUGCAGGCCAUCGUCUCGCAGCAGGACAGCCACAUUGAGCUCCAGCGUGCCUCUCUUUUGGAGCGUGAGCGUCCGGGUCGCAACCGAGGCAACAUGCUCCUGGAGCAGGAGAAACAACGUAACCUGGAGAAACAGAGAGAAGAGGUGGCCAACUUCCACAAGCUGCAGACACAGCACCGUCAAAACCAGGCUCGCUGGGAGAAGGAGCGGGAGCGUCACCGGCUGCAGGCGGAGGUCCUAGAGGCGGAGCUAAGACAGAGAGAGGAGGAGUGUAGGAGACUGGAGAAGAAACUAGAGACGGAGAGAGAGGAGCUGGAGAGACAGAGAGAGACAUACCAACAGGAUCUGGAGAGGCUGAGGGAGUCAAUGAGGACGGUGGAAAAACAGAAGGAGCACCUCAAUACACAGAUGAAGUUGAAGCAGAACAAGACCGUCACCAACCCUGGGAGUUUUAACUUCAAAGCUCAGCAGGCUCCCCUCUCCCAGUCCUUCCGAGGGGAUCCUCCCCUCCUCUCCCAGUCCUUCCGAGGGGAUCCUCCCCUCCUCUCCCAGUCCUUCCGAGGGGAUCCUCCCCUCCUCUCCCAGUCCUUCCGAGGGGAUCUUCCCCUCUCCCAGUCCUUCCGAGUGGAUCCUCCCCUCCUCUCCCAAUCCUUCCGAGGGGAUCCUUCCCUCUCCCAGUCCUUCCGAGGCGAUCCUCCCCUCCUCUCCCAGUCCUUCCGAGGGGACCUGACAGCUGAUUGGAUGAAGGGAAGAGAGGUGAUCCAGAUCCCCAAGGUCCUUGUCCCCCCCAGCCUCUCUGUAGCCACCAACAUUUUCCUGGAGCAGCCCCCGAAGGUGCCCCCUCGCAGGGAGAGCAUCAGCCCCGGGCCCCCUAAACCGGAGUUCCCCAUCCACCUGAUCAGCACAACCAACCAGGUGGUUCACAAACCAGGGGCCGUGCAACAGCAGAUACCCACCAAGCUGGCUGUCCUUGGUAACAAGGGCAAGGAGAAGAGCAGUAAGAAGAGGUCCCACCACAAGCGCAAUCACAGCGCAGCGUCCAUAGAAAUGUCUCAGGUGGUGCCGAUCAGAGUGACAGGAAAUCAGAGUCUGAGAGGGAAGAAGACUGUGAGCCCACAGAGAAACUACCAAUUAGAUGAUUUCUUUAGUCCUCCAGAGCCCCUGUCCAGCGCUAAGCCCUCCCAGACCCUGUCGUCCAGCAGCAGCAUGAGGACCAAUAACCAGAGCCACGUCCCUCCACCCAAAUCUCCACCUCCCCCUCCACCCUUCCCCAAAGACAUAGCAAGCAAACCAACCAAGGAACACGUUAUCUACCUGUAAAGAUGUGAUUUAUAUAUUUUUUUUUACUGAUUGGGCUUUCUAAUUGCUGGUACUUAUUGAGUUCCUGUUGAAUUUCCACAUUUCCAAAAUUAAUUUCUAUUGUUUGGAUGAGUGCUUGUCUCUAAACUCUCUCUGCACUCAAGUCUUUAUGUUUUUAAGCCUUUUUAAAGAUGAUUUAAAUUCAUGUUAGGAAGCUGGUUAUUACUUUGAAUUGUUUACAGGUCUGAGGUGCCAAGCACGUAAUCUCAGAGCGCAUUAGAAACUCUUUUAAAUUUGAAUUGACCUGUUCCUCGUUUUGUAUUUCUUCAUGUCAUAGAAUGUAUGGAAGUAAAUGUUCAUUUAGCUGUGAGGUGUAAAACUGACCAGUUUACCAGACGCAGUUUAAGUUUAGUCCAGCACUAAAAAAAGAUUCUCAGUUGAGAUUCUCCCAGUUUAAACAUUUUUUUUUGUCCAAGACUAGGCUUAAUCUGUGUCUGGGAAAUGGGCCCUUAUGGUAUGGGAAUUAUGGUGUAUUUUAACACUGUGAAUAAUAAUGACUACUGUACUAAAUUAUGCCAAUUCUACUGUGGUUUAUGCCAUUUUGUGAUUUUUGUUAUGAAGUUUACAGGAGAGGGUUUCAUGACAUUUUGUCAGACAGCUUCUCCACACCCAUAUCAACAUGGAUUGUUGUCAGUCAAGUUUUAGUUUAGUUUUACGACAGGAAAGUUUGUGUGUGAGAGUGAAAUGUUAGAACUAUCUUAUGUGUGUACUUUGAACAAGAGGCAAAGCGUUUUGCCAGAUGGUUUUUGUUCAUCGUGUACCUGUCAAAAGGUUAUGUUCUGGGAACUUUUUGAACAAUGUUCUACGGGGAAGAUGUUUGGAAGGAUUUGUGAAGUAUGUUGCUCAUGGUUACACGGUUUCCAGUGAACACAGUCUGGGAAUAGAAUUAGAACACGUAUGACAAAACAUUUGUUUUUACUGCUCUAAUUACGUCGCUACUAUCUUCAAAAUGGAAUCUCCCUAUAACACAUGUUCUAUUGUUUCUACUAUGCUGUUGUUCCUUCUAACCUGGGUGGUUCCAGCCCUGAAUGCUGAUUGGCUGAUAUAGCCGUGGUAUAUCACACUGUGUGCCACGGGUAUGACAAAACAUUUGUUUUUACUGCUCUAAUUAUGUCGGUAACCAGUUUAUAAUAGCAAUAAGGCCAGACGUGGUGUGGUAUAUGGCCAAUAUACCACGGCUAAGGACUGUGUCCAGGUACGCCGCGUUGCGUCGUUCGUAAGAACAGCCCUUAGCCGUGGUAUAUUGGCCAUAUACCACACCACGUCUGGCCUUAUUGCUUAAAUAUGGUCUGGACAUUCUGCUGUGAUGUUGAUGUCCUGGAGAACUGUUGUGGUUCCCAUCCACAGCCGAUGGAAGGAAUAAAAAAUAAUGAUGUUGCCUGUAA